AUGAAAAUUAUGACAAAGAAACAUUUCUUAUUGAAAGAUGGACGUUUAAUCAAAUCACAGAUUUCCAACUACUCGAAUAUUGCUGAAGAUAAAACAUUGAGACGAUCAAGGUCAACUGAGUCUGUAGAAUCACCAGCGUCUAAAAGAAAAUCUAGAGAUAGGUCAAAUUCAGAAUCGAGUGUUUCUCCAUUUGAAGAAUCAAAUGAAAUACAGGAUGAGAAACAAGAAUCCGAACAAAUUCGCAAAUCUGAUGAUAUUAAAAAAGGAAUGCACUAUGUAUUAGCAGAACUGUUGGACUUUACAUCUCAGUCUGAAAAGUUGCCUACUUUAAUUGAAAUAUCUAGAGAUACGAAUUAUCCCACAGAAGAAUUUUCAAGUAUUUCAGGAAAUAUUCAACUAUGUGAUAAAGCACAUUCUGAAUCAGAAAAAACGCCAACCCAUCAAAAAAUGGAAAUCGAUGAACCUAGAUUGAAAACAAGUAUUUUUGUUCCGAAGUCACCCUUUGUUAUUACAUGCAGGAAUGCACCAUCUGAACCUGAAAAUGUAUUUUUAUCGCACCUGCAACGACUCAGGGCAAACGCAAAUUUCCAAAAUAUAGCCCCAAGCACUAACCUCACACGUAGUCUAUUGAACGUGGACAGAAAUAAACCAAAUACUUAUUUGGAUGAUUUACUUGUGGGUGAAAUUCGUCCAGUUGGCUACGUUGCCGACUACACCAUUGACUUCUACUCUUAUCGAAAAUCAUAUCAUAAAAAAGAAACGUUUUCCUUACUUUCGUUUUAUUUCGACAAUUCUUUGAAUACUCCCGAAUUGUGUCCUUAUUUGGGUUUUAUAGAUCUUCAAAACGUCGAAUAUCGAAUUCCUUCUAAGGGGAAGCUGCAAUUGAUUUUGUUUCAACCUAAUAAAAAAGUUAAAAAAAUAUUUUUGAUUGAAUAUAAUUUGACUUCCAUGCCACCUAACGAAACGACUUAUAUACGACAAAAAUUAAUAUACGCACCAAUUCCUGUGGAAGGUGUCGAUAUGAGCCAACAUCUGGGCUAUCUUCAAUAUUGCCUUCACCUUAAAUGUGGUCAGAUAUUGGUGGAGGAGCUGUUAAAAUGUGAAGUAAAGACAUAUCACGACUUGUAUGAGUUAGUGGCUUCAGCAUUAUUCGAUGAUGAGAGUUAUGUUCUAGCAGAACGAGUUCUUGAUGUAGUCACUGAACACUCAAACACGGUAUAUUUUAUAAUUAAUGAUUAA